CUGAACGCUUCUACUAGAAAUGUUAUGAAUCAUUUGCGUCCCAAACACUCCCAGCACACAGACUGAACUCGGAGGCCAAGCAAAACCCAAAAGCCAUAGCCCAUAGAUCACUUUGGCCACCCCCUUCUUUAAAUAUCCGCUGAGACUAAGCAUUUGACCUUGCUUCGACUUCUCCGCUCACGCCUCAUUUCCCCAUCCCUGAAGUGCUGUCUUUGAUUCCCAGAUAGAAUCCAAUUUUUGGGUGACCAUGCCCACAGCAAGACUUCCACCUACUUGCAUGUUCACAAUUGCAUCUCCCAGCCAACCAAAGAUUGCAUUUUUCAAGAACCCAUCAUCCCCAAGAUCAUUGCAAAGGACAGUCUCGAUAUCAUUUGGUGGCAUGAGAGCUGACCGUUUCAGAGCAAAUGCUACAUACAAAGUCAGAUUGGUGGGUCCAGAUGGCAAAGAGACUGCCUUUGAUGCACCUGAUAAUACUUACAUUCUUGAUGCAGCCGAGGAAGCAGGAAUAGAUUUGCCUUAUUCUUGUAGGGCUGGUGCAUGCUCCACCUGUGCAGGAAAGGUCGUCUCCGGGAAAGUUGACCAAUCUGACGGGUCUUUCCUUGAUGAUGCCCAAAUGGAAGCGGGGUACGUGUUGACAUGUGUUGCGUACCCGACUUCAGAUUGUGUGAUUCACACCCAUAAGGAUAGUGAUCUUUACUAGGAGAUAUGACUCAUUAGGGUGUUUCCUUGUUCUGCUAAAUGCUUGAUCUUGGAGAAGCAUUCAAUUCUGCGUUGUUCCCUCAACUUGGUUCAAGUGAGUCUAUGUAAUGCCACCCUAAUCUUUUGUAGCAUAAUGUUAUUCAUGAGAACAAUUAGAGUACGAAAUUAUGUGUUCUAUGUUGAAUCGUGUUAUUUUUGGUCGUAACUCUUCUGUCCAAACCCUUGGAUGACCCAUCUCUCAGGUUACUGGUCUUCGACAAUCCACCUCCAUCGCCUUGCCAGUUGCCACCCAUCCCUGACAUUCUCUAAACUCCAGUGACCGCUUGUUUCAGUUAGAUUGUGGAGACUAAAAAAGAAAACACAUCAUUAUCUUUUCCCGCCUUGAUCAAAUCCACUAGUGAAACGUAAAUUUAAUAUCUAAAUUUAGAACGUGUCCGAAUUCAAGGUAUUCGGUUCAGUUUAUAAGGGUUGAAUGGUGAUAAAAUCAACAUUUUGAUAAUAUAAGAAUUAGUAUUCACACAUGAUGUAUUUUAGCAUAUAAAUGGCAUGCUAUUCCAAAUGCCUUCUUUGGUCGAUAGCAAAGGUGGUCUUUUUUUGUUGCCAUCAACUUUUGCAAAGAUGGAGAAAGUAAAACAGACUUUCAAGGAAUAAGAAUAAAGCAACUUCUGUGCCUACACCAAGUCCCCACGUGCGAAAAAGAACAUUUUUAGGCUAAAGCCACCACAAUUAAAAAUAUUGUAAAGGAUUGUUGGACAAGAUGGGGAAAACGGUAUUGAGAUUGAUAUUUUGAUUGUGACAUAAACGCUGAAUGCUUUUUCAAAUUUAAUACUUUUAGCCCUAAAAGGCUAAAAUAACUCAGCGUCUUAACAUUUAUGAUCGAACUGCACGAAUUGAACUCGAGAACAUUUGAACUCAUCAAAUGAAACCACGUUUGGUGAACCCUUUUUGCUUAUCAAGUUUAUCAGUUUGUUUUUUACCAAACACAUAACUUUUGAUUUCGCAAGCUGAAUUGUGUAAUAAUAAGAAAAAAUAAGGUUGAAAUUACUUUUCUGCCUGUAUUGGCUGAAGUUACUGUAGAGGAUCAUUUAAACUAUUUUUCACAUUUUUUGCUGUAUUUAUUAUCCAAAUAUUUUAAAUACAAUUUUUUCAUAAAUCAGCACAAUCAGUCAAUGCAACCACUUCAGCCAAAACUUCAUAAGUUUCAGCAGAAUUAGCCAAUUCAGCCAACUUCAGUGUUACCAAAUGAGCUCUUAAUGUUUAAAUACUUAGUGAUGGAUAGUGUACCCGGGCCGGGGUAGCUAAUCCGAGGGGUUAUUAUGAGAAUAACCUAGAGAGAAGUCAGAGCAAACAAGUAGGAGAGAGAGGCGAUUAUAUUAAUGAACUCGAGAUGUUCUGGUCCUUUACAAGAGGAAUAAGGGCUGCUAUUUAUAGCAGCAAUAAAUGCAAUGAGAGUACACGUGUCAGUAAUCCAACGGCCGAGGGGUCACCUCAAUCGGGGUGGCACCGGCAGUCGCACGUUCACCGCAUUAAAUGCGGUGGGUGGAUGUGACGUUGCAUUAAAUGCGGUGGUUGGUUGUCUCCAAAGGGAAUCUUCGAUGAUUGAGUCUGUUAGCCGAAGGCUCUCCAUGUAGCUGAGGGCUCUGUGUGGCCGAAGGCUCUGUGUAGCCGAAGGCUUGGUUCAGCCGAAGGCUUCCCUGAUGCUGAGGGCUUGAUAGUGCCGAAGGCUCCUGUUUUUUGCCAUUUUCUCCCAGUAGCUUUGUGUGCCCGAAACUGGCCGUACUGUGCGUUUUGGAGCCUUCGGCCAUGUUGCCGAAGGCUACCCCAGGCGCCCCUUGGGCUUGGGCAGCUGUUCUUUGGGCCUCUUAUGCUUCUUGGGCCUGUUGGGCCUGUGAUAGAGUAGCAGGAGUCUGUGGACCGGGGGUUCCUGGGCCAUAUACUCCAUCACUUAGAUUCACUAGCAAAGUAAAUUAGCGGAUUGCAAAAAAAUGUUUGGUAAUUUAAUUGUUUUGUGACAACAAUGAGUAUAAAAUGUCUUGUUUCAAAAUGUUAACCUAAAAUGUUGCUAUUUCAACGGUUUGUAGCAUUCUCAAAAAGAAAAGGCGUAAGAAAAACCGGAUCUCAAUCUAAAGUGGCUGUCUCUAGGGUUGAUCCGUAGGUGUUUAUUCUGGCGGUGACGACAGUCGCCUGGUCCGGUCUUCCUUCUUCUUGUAGUAGCGAGUGAUCUAGGAGCAGAUUUCAAUGGCGCAGCGAGUCUCCGAACAUCGCUAAGGGUGCAAAUCGGGCAGUGUUGUGUGCGGACUCGAUUACCAAUUGAUGAGGGCGGCUUCCUAGCCACCAAUCCAGAACAAGGUGAUGGCAGGAGUGCAGCGGCAAACAGGAGGGCUAAACGGGAAAGGUAGAUGAUCCGUCGGAGAUGGUUGGGCAGUGAGCACGACGAAUGGGAGGCAGGGCAAGAGGAAUCUACUCCGAUUGAUUGAUGCUUUGAUCCACUCCGCGUCAACAAUCAUAGCGGGGAUCCGGCCUCCUCCUGAACCACCGCUAGGGAUUGAACGAGGUGCUAGGGUUCAAGAAUUUUAUUUUGCUUCUUUAGAUUUUUUCAUGUUUCAUUUUUUUUGGAUUUUUACUCUGUAUUGGUUGUGUUGUGUUUUUCGAGCAAGAAAACUCUAGAACCUAGGACCGGUGAUGAGAAGUCUGAUUUGCAAGUCAUUGGCUCAGUUAAACCCAUAGCGGGAUCAUCAAAUCUAAUUGCUUCUACGGGGGUGAUUGAUUCUAAGUCUGGUUCUAGGACGUACGGCAGACGGAAGACUUUUUAUCAUUUUGUAACAUGCUUAUAUUCUGUUAUCAUAAUUUAAGCCACCUUCUU